AUGGCGGAACAACCCAUCUUCAGCACCCGAGCUCACGUCUUCCAGAUUGACCCGAACACCAAGAAGAACUGGGUUCCCACCAGCAAGCAUGCUGUUACUGUGUCCUACUUCUAUGACAGCACAAGAAAUGUCUACAGGAUAAUCAGUUUGGAUGGCUCAAAG